CGGCGCUGAGGCGGUCCCCGGAGGCAGCGGCGCGCGGGAGACGCGGCGCUCGGAGCAGCGCCGGGGGGCGGCGGAGGGGUCCCGCCAGGCGGCCCUGUGUGUAGCUGCCUCGCGCCGCGCCCGGCGAGCGGGGCGAGCCUCCUGCGCCGCGGGCCAGUUCCCGGCGGGACUCGGGGUCUCCGCAGCCGCCGCUGCGAGCCGGGAGGCGGACCCGGUAUCAGCCGCGCCUGAACUUUGCCAGAGGGACGGAGCUGCCCCCGCGCCGGGCACCGGCGGAGCCGCCCCGCUGAUCGCGCCGCGCCUCGCACCUGGUGCCCCCCGCGGACUCUGCGCUGUGACCGGAGCAGCGGCCGCUCCUCUCCCCGGCAGCGGCUUCCCGGGGCCGGGGGGGCUCGGCGCUCUGCGGGCGGCUGCUGGCGCGUCCCCCGGGUGUGAGCAGCGCGGCCGGCGGGCCGGGGCCAUCGCUUGCGGGCGGAGCGCCGAGGGCAGUCUAAAGGCCUUGUGGAUAGAAAUUCCCUCCUUCUGUGUGUAUGCCAGAGCAGCCUAGCCCUAUCUGCCAUUUUAUGGCUCCUGCUACCGGCUUUCCACAACAAUGCAACAGACCAGUCAUAUUGCAUACCACCACCAAUGCUAGCAUACCAUCCAGAUGGCUGUAAAUCUUCAGAAAAGAUACAGAACAUGGUCUCAGAAACUGGAUUAAAGCAAUCUUGUUGACAUUUUUAUUUAUACUUUUUUAUUUUUGUAUUUGACUUAAAGUGCCAUGAGAAAAUUUGCAUAUUGCAAGGUGGUCCUUGCCACCUCACUGGUUUGGGUCCUUUUGGAUAUGUUUCUAUUGCUGUACUUCAGUGAAUGCAACAAAUGUGAUGAGAAAAAAGAGCGAGGCCUACCUGCUGGAGACGUUCCAGAACCGGUACAGAAGCCACAUGAAGGUCCUGGAGAAAUGGGGAAGCCUGUUGUUAUUCCUAAAGAGGAUCAAGAAAAAAUGAAAGAGAUGUUUAAAAUAAAUCAGUUUAAUUUAAUGGCAAGUGAAAUGAUUGCUCUCAACAGAUCAUUACCUGAUGUCAGGUUAGAAGGGUGUAAAACAAAGGUGUAUCCAGACAACCUUCCUACAACAAGUGUUGUCAUUGUGUUUCACAAUGAGGCUUGGAGUACACUUUUACGAACUGUCCAUAGUGUGAUAAAUCGGUCGCCACGACACUUGCUGGAAGAAAUUGUACUUGUAGAUGAUGCCAGUGAAAGAGACUUCUUGAAGAGACCACUAGAAAACUAUGUGAAAAAGUUAAAAGUACCAGUUUAUGUGAUUCGAAUGGAGCAACGUUCUGGAUUGAUCAGAGCCAGGUUGAAGGGGGCUGCUGCUUCCAAAGGCCAAGUCAUCACCUUCUUAGAUGCUCAUUGUGAAUGUACAGUAGGAUGGCUUGAACCUCUGUUGGCACGAAUCAAAGUUGACAGGAGAACAGUAGUGUGUCCUAUCAUUGAUGUAAUCAGUGAUGACACCUUUGAAUAUAUGGCAGGCUCUGAUAUGACCUAUGGCGGAUUCAACUGGAAGUUGAAUUUCCGCUGGUACCCUGUUCCUCAGAGAGAAAUGGAUCGAAGGAAAGGUGAUCGGACCCUUCCUGUCAGGACACCCACAAUGGCAGGAGGCCUUUUUUCAAUAGACAGGGAUUACUUUCAAGAAAUUGGAACAUAUGAUGCUGGAAUGGAUAUUUGGGGGGGAGAAAACCUAGAAAUUUCUUUCAGGAUUUGGCAGUGCGGGGGCACUUUGGAAAUUGUAACCUGUUCACAUGUUGGACAUGUGUUCCGAAAAGCCACUCCUUAUACUUUUCCAGGAGGCACAGGACAGAUUAUCAACAAAAAUAACAGACGGCUUGCAGAAGUCUGGAUGGAUGAGUUUAAGAAUUUCUUUUACAUCAUUUCCCCAGGAGUUACUAAGGUAGAUUAUGGAGACAUAUCGUCACGCCUUGGGCUAAGACAUAAACUGCAAUGCAAGCCUUUCUCUUGGUACCUGGAGAACGUGUAUCCCGAUUCCCAAAUUCCACGCCAUUAUUUCUCUUUGGGGGAGAUAAGAGAUGUGGAGACAAAUCAAUGCCUGGAUAACAUGGCAAGAAAGGAAAAUGAAAAAGUUGGAAUAUUUAACUGUCAUGGAAUGGGUGGAAAUCAGGUUUUCUCAUACACUGCCAACAAAGAAAUUCGAACAGAUGAUUUAUGCUUGGAUGUUUCCAAACUUAACGGCCCAGUCACAAUGCUCAAGUGCCACCACUUAAAAGGCAAUCAACUUUGGGAAUACGAUCCAAUGAAAUUAACCCUGUUGCAUGUGAACAGUAACCAGUGCCUGGAUAAAGCCACCGAAGAAGACAGCCAGGUACCCAGUAUUAGAGACUGCAAUGGCAGCCGUUCUCAGCAGUGGCUACUUCGCAACGUCACCCUUCCAGAAAUGUUCUGAGAGGUUUUAAAAAAAGAAAAAGAUUGACUGGGCUACCUCGGCAAAUAUUUUGGCUGUGUCCUUAAGUAGCAAAAAAAAAUAAAAUAAAAUAUUUCUGCUCUGCGGGAUGCAAGGUUCAUCAGAUAUUAGAACUCUGACUCUUCUAGCUUUUCAGUAGCUGUGAACCAGCCUUCCUGUAUAAGGACGUGAAACUAUAUACAUACUAGUGAAACUGCGCACGCUGAUGUUUACAAGAUUGAAGAGAGUCUCUUUCAUCAAAGAAUCAUUCUAGAGAAUGUUUGGACAAUGGAAACAUAAUCAUUGAAAUACGCUCUCUGGAGAGCUGCAUAUCGUUGUAGUUUGCUUGCACAUCAGUAACCUCUGCUGAAAGUGCUGUUGUAAUGAAGAGACUUCCAAGAAUUUUUUCCUGGUUGGCAUUGGUAACCAGUAUAUUAAAUAUAGUUACAAAAAUAAAUGGAACAGAGAGCUGGAGACCACAUUCAGUAUCAUGAAAUAAGAUUUUUACAACAAGAAACAUGUAAAACAGGGUUUAAAGGAAAAGAAAUCAGAACUAAGAAAAGUACAAUUUGUUAUAGUAAAGUAUCAGAUUUAUAUGUAGAUUUUAUACCUCAGUGAGAAAAAUAACCAAGUCAAGCAAUUCUUUCUGUUUUCAGUUGUGUGAUAGUUCAUGGAUUUUUUUCAUGGUUGGUCUGAAAUUAUUUUGAGCACAAACAAAAUGAGCUUAAGAACAAAAAUUUGGCUCUUUGAAUGUCAGCUCACUUUUUGUUUUUAAUUUGGUUUGUGAGCUGUUGGAAUUGUAAUGUAUCUUUAUUACUGUCUGAAAACUGGAGGUUUAACAUACUGUCUAACUUUUGUCCAGACCUACCGUUUCAGUUGUACUUGGGUUGCCAGCUUGUAGACUUUCAUGGCCAAACAAAGGAUUUUAGUGCAUUUUGAACUUGUUAACUUGACUGAUGAUGCUUAGUGCCCAAAACUCAUACUACUGUACUACAGAUUUGUUUUCACAGCAAUAAAUAUUUUGUUCUUUGUUUGAUUUCCACUCAUCAGAAAGCCUGCAAAAUGAUUUAUUAUUUGGGUAACAGGAGAUUGGCAUAGCUGAAGGUUUUCUGGAAAUUUUUUCACUUCAUACUCAGAUGUGCUUAAUUGUCAAGUGCAUACUUAGAUUAGAUUCUUGAAUUGUAAUGUUGAUCUGCUGCUUUUUUCUAAUAAAAACUGAAGAAAAAAUGUUAAAUUGGCAUGGUUUUUAAAGUUAACAUAGCCAAAAGCAGUAUGACUGUGUACAUUACACUAACCUUGCACUUCUGAACUGAAUUGCUUUAUUUCAUUUAAGUUGAACCUUUCUGGACUAACCUAGUCUUGAAAACAAGCCGCAAAAUGCUGAGUACUCAGUGAGGUUUUUUUUUUAAAUAGGAAAAAAAUUAAUAUAAUAGAGAGGAUAUUUUGUACAAUAAAUAUCAUUGUUUGGCCAAUUGUUCUGUGAAUCAAAUUAAAUUUAGACUAAAGCAAAAGAUGUUGCAGCUGUUGUCUACUGUUGCAGACACCGUAGGUCUGCUAUUUCUGCAGUACUUUAAACAAAGAAACUUUUUUUAUUUCUUUUUUUGCAACCAUUCCCGAGAGUGUUCUUAUGCACCCUACAAUAAAUGACCAUGGCCUCUGCCUUGAAAAGCUUGUGAUCUAAUUACAGACAUGAUUAAACAGAACAGGGAGCAAUAUUAUGCAGUUACACCACAAAAUAUAAUGCACAUCAUGUUGAGAUAAAAUAUUAUAAAAUGUAAAAAUA